CGUAUAUUUUCAAUGUGACCCUCUUGUAGCUACUUCACUUACAGUGUAUUGAUCGGAUACACGUUUUAGAUAACAAUCAUAUCUUGCCAAUAUGCUAAUUUACCUGUCCGAUAACACAGCAGAAUGGAAACUGUAUAUUUCCUUUGUUCUCCUUGCAUAAACGAAGAAAGUUCAAAGACAGUAUCCGAUGCUAUUGCCUUCUGCUUUGAAUGUAAGGAACACUUUUGCAAGAUUUGUAGAGAACUACAUUCUAAAUUUCCACCAAUGAAGGAUCACAGUGUAAUUCCAUGCACACACAUGACUGCGUUUCCGAUAGACAUACUAAACAAAACUUUCCAAUGUGAUUUGCAUCCUGAAGAAAGAGCCCAAUAUUAUUGUUCAUUUCACUGCAAUACUUUCUGUUUUGUCUGUUUGACAGAGACACACAGAAGCUGUAGUUUUAGAAAAUUAUCGGAUGUUUCAAAGGGUGUAAAAGAAUCAAAUAGUUUCACAGAAAUGCAGAAUCAAUUAGCAAUGAAAUGUAAAUCAAUGAAGAAUAUACUAAACAGUAAGUCGGAAAACCUCAGUGAUAUGCUCCGACAAAAAACGGAAAUAGAAACUGAAUUGUCCUCAUACAUAAGUCGCAUCAACACUUAUUUGAUUGAUUUAAUUCGAAACGUAAAAACAGUUUAUGACCAAGAAUUGCAGAAGCUUCAAAAAGAUAUAGAACAAGCCCGAAUUCGGGAAAAAGAACUUCGCAAGCAAAGAAAUGAUCUAGAAGAUAUUUCAAAAUUUUGUUCCGAUGACGUAACAUUUUUAUGCAUUAAAGAAAUUGAACGUUCAUUCCGAAAUAAAGAAGAAGAAAUUGAAAAUAUCUUGACAGAACCAAACCGUACUGAUUUGGCAAUAAACGGAAUAGAAAAAAUUAAGGCAUUAUUAAUAAAUGUUGAAAAACUGGAAAUUGAACCUUUAAAAAAACAUAUUCCUGACGACAUUAUAACAUUGUCUCCAGCCCAACUAACCGUACAAUCAGAUACAAGAACAUCAAUGACAGGUACGAGAUUAACACUGAAAGAACAUAUUGAUAUUGCAAAAAUGGGUGUGAAAGAACCGGUAAUUAUAGAUUGUACUAUAUUUAAAAGUGGUCAGAUCAUAGCCAUUGAACAAACACAUACAUGUCUUCUCGAGUUUACAUCUAGUGGAAAGUUAUACCGUAAUGUCAAGAUUUCGUCUCAAGCAUUAGGAAUAACAGCAAUCGAUGCCAAUCUAUUUGCACUUACCGAGAGCGGACGGGAUACAGUUCAAAUAUACAAUAAACAACGUAUGUCUUCAAUAUUUGAAGUAUCCAUCAGAGACCAUUGUAGUGGAAUAACGAAGUAUUCCGAUAGUAAUGUUGUGGUUGGUUGCAAUGCCGGAGGGUUAGUUUUAAUCGGAAAGAAUGGGGAAAAAGAGAAAGUUUUCCAUACAAAAGAACUAAUGCAUUUAAACCAGAAUAUUUGUCUAACAUCGAACGAGAAAGGCCAGAUCUUUUGUUCCUUUUCAAAGAAUAAUACUGUUUUAUCAAUUGAUUCUAGAGGGAAAUUGCGAUUCACAUUCGAGAGUGACAAACUUAGAAGUCCACGUGGAGUUACAGGUGAUGGGAAUAAUAAUAUAUUUGUUUCUGGAUACGAUACAAACAAUAUCAUUUGGAUAAGUAAUGACGGCAAAAACUCAAAAGAAGUUCUGAAUUCUAGAAAUGGAAUCCAAAACCCAAGGGGAAUUGAUUAUGAUAAAAUCCUAAAAGUUCUAACAGUUUGUAAUAAAAACGGUAGUCAAAUGUCUAUAUAUAGUAUGCAAUGACAAUUUAUAUUAAAUAAAAAUCUUUACUAUUAAAAUGCCUGUGAAAUCCAAGUUGGAAUUGCAUAAUGUCAAAGGAAGUAAGGAGAAACAUGUGUUCAUGCUCUUAUUUUACUGAAAAUUAGGUCAUGAAAUAGAGACUUGUUACAACUGAAAAACAAAUAAUAUAAUGUUGUUUUAUGGCUUUGUUUUAAUGAAUAAAUCUUUUUCAAUAUUU